AGAGAUUUAUAGGGGCGAGGUGAGUCGGCUUGUUUCUCUCCGUCCCUGACGCCCUAACCAUCUCUCUUUCUCCCCAAACCACACACACACAAAGACAUGGACGCCUUCGCCUGCUGUAUGGACCCAGAGUCGAGGGCCGCCCUCCGCGUCAGUAAAGAUAUCGAGCGAGAGAUAGAGCGAUGGAAGCGAGACAAUAGCAAAGAAUACAAACUGUUGCUCCUUGGUACCGGAGAAGCUGGCAAGAGUACCUUCAUCAAACAAAUGCGUAUCAUCCAUGGACAAGGCUACACGGACAAGGAUAGGAAAGAGUUUAUCCCGCUUAUCUUCCGUAACAUUCUCUUGGCCGUCCAGCUCCUCGCCGAAGCAAUGGCGACUCUUAAGAUCCAGUACGAGGAUGAUAAUAAUAGAACUCUAGGCGAUCAGUUUCUUGAUAUGGACAUUGAUGGCCUGACUACUCUAGAGGCCGAGUCUCAAAGCUCCAUUAGAACGUUCUGGUCAGACAGUGGAAUUCAAGCUUGUUUUGAGAGAAGAAGAGAAUUCCAAAUAUCUGACUCCGCAAAAUAUUAUCUAGAUGACUUGGACAGACUAUUUGAAUCAUCAUACGUUCCUAAUGUACAAGAUGUACUCCGUGUAAGAAUACCUACCACUGGCAUCAUAGAAUACACCUUUCAAAUGAGAAAGGAUGUGGUAUUUAGGAUGAUUGAUGUUGGUGGGCAGAGGUCGGAGAGAAGAAAAUGGAUUCAUGCCUUUGAGGGAGUCAAAGCUGUCAUCUUUUUGACUGCCAUCAAUGAAUAUGAUCAGGCGCUAUUUGAGGAUGCGAAUGAGAACAGAAUGAAGGAGAGUCUGGCUCUCUUUGAGACGAUCAUCGGCUAUCCUUGGUUUAUUGAGGCGUCGUCCAUCUUGUUUCUAAACAAGACUGACCUGUUUGACGAGAAGAUUAUGAAAUCUAAUCUUAGCGACUACUUCCCUCAAUAUUCAGGACCUCCUAAAGAUGCAGAAAAGGCUAAAGAAUUCAUUAAAGAAAUGUUUCUAAGCGUCAAUCCUGACGAAAAGAAGCAUAUAUUCCCUCAUUUCACAACCGCUACAGACACGGAAAAUAUUCAACGCGUUUUCGAAGCUGUCAAGACCACAGUCCUUGAAGAGAAUCUGAGAGAUUAUAAUCUCAUCGUCUAAUGGUAGUAAUUAUUAUUAUUGCACUUCCUAUCUUUUAGCAUGUUUUGUCAUCUUGGACUUUUAUCAUCAAUACAAUAAUCUCUCUCUUUUUGCAUUUCUUUUCUUUACCCUUCUUUUUUUUCUAAUUCUCUGUCAUGGCUAAUUUAUAUGGACAGAAUAUUAUUAUAAUUAUCGAGUUAAUAAACUUUUUGUUACUAUUAUUAUUAUUAUCAUUAAUAUAACUAGUAGUGUAAUGAUGCUAGAGUAUUAUUAUUAUCAUUAUUAUUAUUAUUGUUAUACGGACUAUUUCUUUACGUUGUUAUUUGUUUUAUGAUUAAAUUUUUUACUACAAUCCUUCUCUCAUAAUUAUUUUUUUUUUGUGUUUUGACUGUCCUGUUUUCUCCCAAUGUGUUUUGUAAUCGUUACAAUAAUAAUAAUACAUUGUUUUGUGAUUUAAAA